AUGGCGAGAGAUUAUGGGGCAAAUUCGCCUACGCCUCAAACUCCCUUGUCCGCCCUCGAAGGCAUGGACGAUUCAACGACAAGGAAUAGAUCCUCGACUGCUAGCUCAGGCAGAGUAAGAAGCGCUUCGCUCAGGUUCCUAGAGUCAAGCCCACCGGUUGGUAUGUGGCAAGCCACCGGUAAUGCUCUCGCACAAGCACCAACGCCAGGAGAGAUUCGAAGUGGAAGUUUUUCCCAUGAUGGAUGGGAUCGAGAAAUGCAACGGAGGAAUAGUACAGUCAGUGAAGAAAGUAUAAGGCGGUUGUCCAGAUCGAAUUCAGCGCAGACGCCUGGGAGUUUGCAAAAACAGCAGACAAAUACAAACCCAUUGGACGCACAUACGGAGGCGGCAGACGAGGGUAGUCCGAUCUCUCCCACUGUCCAUGAAGGGACAGCAUCUAGCCACGGUACCACUACACAAAAAAUGAAGGGUCCUCAGAGACCCACCGCCACAGACGAUGAUGAUGAUGAUGAUCCAUUUUCGAAGUUCAUUGGGCGAGGCAAAAUCGAUAACCAAUCCUACGUCCCGAAAUCAAAGACGACCAUUUCCGGAAAGGCUGCUCAAUCGAAGAGUUCUGCUGAUCCGUACGCUAUUCCCGACGACGACGAUGAAGAUGUUGACCCACUUGAUGAACGAGACAGUACCAAACGCCUGCCGAAGAAGUUUCAAGAUCCCGCGGGUGAACCGGUGUCCGUGACCGGCGAGAAAGGCGAGAAGCUGACCACAAUCACCACUGGCACUGCUUGUCCCUCAUCCUCCUCAUCAACUUCCAAAGAGCCAGGGCCCAACGCCGACGGCGUCUAUCCUAAUGGCUACAAAUUCCCCCCCAAACACACCUGGGGUGAAGCCACAAAAAUCGGCCUCAAAGCCUUCUGGAAAUUCACUAUCACACCACUCGGUUUCCUCAUCGUCCUAUACGGCCUAAAUGUUGUAGCCUGGGGUGGUAUGCUAUUCUUACUGCUGAUUGGCGGGGGUCAAGAAUUCAUGUGCUACCCACCUGGAUCACAUGGCAAGAAAGAGUGCAACAACAUCAACAGCCCCCGCCGUAUCUGGAUCGAAAUCGACUCUCAAAUCCUCAAUGCUCUUUUCUGCGUCACAGGCUUCGGUCUCAUUCCCUGGCGCUUCCGCGACUUCUACUAUCUAAUGAAAUUUCGUCUCCGCCACGACCAAUCUGCGCUGCGUAGACUGGCCGGCAUCAACAGAGGCUGGUUCCGUCUUGCAGGGAGCGAGAACCUCCCCAUUGAUCCUGACGCCCCCGUCGACGAUCCAGCGAACAACCCCGCGGUCCCACUACCACCUUCCAAAAUCCCCGACGUCCCUCUGACCGGCAUCCGUGCACCUGCCACCCGCAUGUGGAAACUCGACUAUGUGAUCUGGGCAUUCGUGCUCAACACUUUCCUCCAAGGCGUGCUUUCCGGCUUUAUGUGGGGGUUCAACAGGUACAAGCGACCGAGUUGGAGCACGGGAACGUUCGUGGCAUUAGCGUGUAUCGUUGCCGGACUGGGAGGAUUGAUGUCUUUUCAGGAGGGCAAGAGGGUGAAGAAUUUCGAAGGUAUACCCGUAAAGGAAAACGAGACUCUGGGGGAUGUGGAGAGGGAUGUUGUCGGCGGAGAGAAGAAGAGCAAGAGGAAGGGUAAGCCGGUGGCAGGGGAGAAGGAUUCAGCACCCGAGGUCGGUGUCCAGUGA